AUGUUUAUAGGUUUACUUCCUUUUAUACUAAAUAAUGGUUUCAAUGUCGAAUUGUCACAAUCACCAUUAUUUUAUUGUAAAUUUCGAUAUUAUGCGUAUCAAGUAUGUGCAUUAAUAUCAAUGACUUGCAUCUGUUUGGCAACGAUCGAUCAAUAUUUUGCUACAUGCUCACAUCAACGAUGGCAACAAUGGUGUAAUAUUAAGUUAGCUCGUCAUUUAGUGACAAUAUUUGUUUUUAUUUGGUUUGUUCACAACAUUCCAUAUCUUAUCUAUUACGAUUAUGUUGUAUCAACUGUCACAGGUAAAACAACCUGCGUUAUUACAAGUAAAAUCUUUCAACAGUAUGCCACUUAUGGUGUAAUUCUUAUUCUUGGAAAACUUUUGCCUAUUUGUAUUGCAUUCUUCUUUGGAUUUUUGACUUAUCGUAAUGUACAAGAAAUCUCUUAUCGAACAUUACCUUUCGUUAGACGUGAAUUGGACAAACAAUUAACAGUAAUGGUUUUAGUAGUUGUUGUUUUCGCUUUCUUUACUGUGAUGCCAUAUGCUUUUGUAUACAUGUUAUUACAAAUGCCAAGCUUUACUACGGAUCCAUUUACUGCAGCACAACUACAAUUUGCCUCUACUCUGACUUUAGCCAUACUCUAUAUGUAUUUUGCAGUAAGUGUUACUUGA